GUCCCAAACCCAACACACUCGUCAAUGAGGAAAUACAUGUAGCUCUCACACUCUUCCAGCAGCCUCUGUAGUCUGCAGUAGGAGCAGCGAUUUGGGCGACGGGGAAAAAGCUCUGGGAAACUAUUUCUGAUCAGCACAUUAUACUGUCCGCACAACUCGGAAGAUGCCAAAUAAUAAGAAGAAAAAGCACACUCGACACGGAAAGGCGAAAGGGGCAGCCCCGGAUGGAGGAGCUCAGUCGGGAGCGGUGAGCCCAGUUUCCCCUACAGCUGCACCUGGAGCCAAGUCUCAACCCAAACCACCCACCUCCACUCCGGUGGCUCCAGUAUCCACGGUGAAACCUGCUGAAUUUGAGAAAGCUGCUGCUAAACCAGCUGCAAAAACGGCCGCAGCUAAAGCAGCUCCCGCAGCUCCCGCAGCUAAAGCAGCUCCCGCAGCUAAAGCAGCUUCCGCAGCCAGCGCAGCUCCUGCAGCUAAAGCAGCCAGCGCAGCUGUGAAGGACACAGCAGGGGCUGCAGCACAGAAGGGAAGCCCCAAGAGUUCACCCAUCGUCUCCAGCAAAGGGGAGACUGCUAAAACAGAGCCGUCCAAGCCUGCAGCUGGAGACAAAGCAGCCAAAGCGGCUGGAAAACCAGGGACACCACAGGAAGUGAAGCCAAAGGAGAUGCCCAAGGGCGCACCCGUCUCACCGAUCAAAGGGAAGCCUGUAAAGGUUGAGCCUGCAGCCGGAGCUGGAGGAGCUAGAACUGCAGCCAAACCGGGAAAGCCAGAGGAAGUCGGUCCUAAAGAGACACCGAAGGCCAAACCCAGUUCUCCAAGCAAAGCGGGCCCAGCGAAGCCGGCGGCUGCAGUAGAUGGAGCGGGCAAAGCGGCCAAAGCAGCUGAAGCGGCAGUCACGAGGGGAAAGCCAGAGGAAGUGAAGCCUAAAGAGACGCCAAAGAGCAAACCCAGUGAGUCGAGCAAGCUGGACCCUGCAAAGCCUGCAGCUGCGGCUGCAGUUGACGGAGCAACCAAAGCGGCAGCUGAGGCCUCGAAGGGAAAAGCCAAACAAGUGAAGCCUAAAGAGGGAACCAAGAUCCAGGUGGAGGUGGAACGCACUUCUGUCACAAAAUCAGCUGAGGAGCCUGUUCUGGACCCCUUUGCGGCUCUUGCUGGCAGUUUACCCUCCGAGGCCCUGGUCCCCACAGCACCAGUUUACACAGGUCCCGAGGUCACGGAGCAUCACAUCACAAUGGAAGAUGAGCCUGUGUGUGGGGAGGACGAUGACACAUUACCACCUGGAUACAGAUUUGAAAACAUGGAUAAGAAUAUCCCUGUACCAGAAGCCAAGCCCACGAAACCUUUGAGCACUGACGAAGCUCUGGAGUCUCUCUCUUUCGGGUUUGUGAGCUCUUCACCGCCCUGCCUCCAGCAGAAACAGCCUAAAGCAGAGAUUGCUGCAAGCGCUUCAUCAGCAGGACCAUUGAAGUCAGCAGCACCACCUGCUGACAAGAAGCCUAAAUUAGAGAAGGGUGCUGAGGGCUUCUCUCUGGCGGGGGCUGUGGAGUCACCCAAACCCCCUGCUGACAAGAAGCCCAAGAGUGAUGAGUCCAUGUCUCUGGAUGCUCUGAGCGCUCUAGAGGACCUUCUGCCAACCGCCGAACCCACACCAGAGCCCCCCAAAGUCCGACCUGAGGACAUGGUCAAGGUGGAUAAGUUGAAGUCAAAGGAUGCUGUGAGAGUAGGAGAGAGGGAGGACACCCUUCCACCAGACUACAGGUUCAAAGAGGAGGACCUGAAGGAUCUGCCCCCACCAAAAGUAGAGCCCUCUUUGGACCCAGGGGAAGCUCUGGACUUCUUGUCUGGAGGUUUCGACACCCCUGCAGUCGCCCCCACCGUCCAGGCCCCAGUACCCCCCUCCACUAAGGCUCCCAAAAAGCCCUCAAGGGAUGCAGUAGACGCUCUAGACCUCCUCUCUGGAGAUUUGGCUGCAUGUGAAGCUGCUCCUGUGGUUCAGGCACCUCUCCCCCAAAAAGCUGCUUCCCCCAAAAAGAAAGCCCCUCCCACUGCAGCGUCUGGCCCCGCCCCCUGCCCCGCCCCUGCAGCUGCCACCGCGGCUAAAACUGAUGAGUCCAUGUCUCUGGAUGCUCUGAGCGCUCUAGAGGACCUUCUGCCAACCGCCGAACCCACACCAGAGCCCCCCAAAGUCCGACCCGAGGACAUGGUCAAGGUGGAUACGUUGAAGUCAAAGGAUGCUGUGAGAGUAGGAGAGAGGGAGGACACCCUUCCACCAGACUACAGGUUCAAAGAGGAGGACCUGAAAGACCUUCCCCCACCCAAAGUAGAGCCCUCUUUGGACCCAGGGGAAGCUCUGGACUUCUUGUCUGGAGGUUUCGACACCCCUGCAGUCGCCCCCACCGUCCAGGCCCCAGUACCCCCCUCCACUAAGGCCCCCAAAAAGCCCUCAAGGGAUGCAAUAGACGCUCUUGACCUCCUCUCUGGAGAUUUGGCCGCAUGUGAAGCUGCUCCUGUGGUUCAGGCGUCUCUCCCCCCCAAAGCUUCCCCAAAAAAGCCCAAAGCGGAAGACGCGAAGGCCCUUGAUGCGCUAGCCCCCAAAAAAGCCUCUGCUGUCCAGGCCCCAUCUGCCCAGUCCCCCCAAAAGAAAGCCCCUCCCACUGCAGCGUCUGGUCCCGCCCCCUGCCCCGCCCCUGCAGCUGCCACCACGGCUAAAACUGAUGAGUCCAUGUCUCUGGAUGCUCUGAGCGCUCUAGAGGACCUUCUGCCAACCGCCGAACCCACACCAGAGCCCCUCAAAGUCCGACCUGAGGACAUGGUCAAGGUGGAUAAGUUGAAGUCAAAGGAUGCUGUGAGAGUAGGAGAGAGGGAGGACACCCUUCCACCAGACUACAGGUUCAAAGAGGAGGACCUGAAAGACCUUCCCCCACCCAAAGUAGAGCCCUCUUUGGACCCAGGGGAAGCUCUGGACUUCUUGUCUGGAGGUUUCGACACCCCUGCAGUCGCCCCCAUCGUCCAGGCCCCAGUACCCCCAUCCUCUAAGGCCCCCAAAAAGCCCUCAAGAGAUGCAGUAGAGGCUCUUGACCUCCUCUCUGGAGAUUUGCCCGUAUGUGAAGCUGCUCCUGUGAGUCGGAUGGCUCCCCCCCCCAAAGUUUCCCUAAAAAAGCCUGCUGACUCUGGCUUUUCUCUGGAAGAUAUAGUCGCCCCCACAGCUGCGCCUAGUGUCCAGACAGAACGUCAGUUGUCUUCCGGGGCUGCAGACGCUCUGGAAGCCCUUUCGGAUACCCUGAUGGACAUCACCCCUGUCCCUGAGCCUGCCCCCGUUCCAACCAGAGAUGUUGUCAAGGAGAAGAAAGUAGUGAAAGAGAAGAUCAUAAAGAUGGGAGAGAGAGACGACACCCUUCCGCCGGAGUUCCGGCUCACGGAGGAGGAGAUCAAGGAAAUGGAGAAGGCUGAAGACGUUAGACCUAAGGAGAAGCCUAUGGGUGAUGCUGCUGCUCUUGAUCUUCUGUCUGGAGAUUUCUCAACACCGGCUGCCCCGGCUGCCCCAGCUGCUGUGGCUGCUCCAAAGACAAAAUCGACUGCCCCCCCUGCAGAGAUGCCAAGUCAGAAGGGCCCGGUCCUGGAUGCCUUGGCGAGCACCCUGCUACCAGACGCCCCGGAGUUCAGAGCCAAGCACAGCCCUGUGACGGACAAACCCAAGGAGAGCCCUGCAGGGGACAAACCCAAGGCCAAGAGUGGGAAACCAAAGUCUAGAUCAAAGAAGCAGGCCGUGGCGGACACGUCGGCUAUCGAUGAUCUGUCUGAGCAGCUGACGUCCGACGUGGUGCCCACCUCCCCCGCCAAGAAAAGCAGUAAAAGCUAGACCAGUAAGGUUCCACAUGCCAAAUACCUUCCCUGCCACCUGGAUGGAGAGCAGGUGUCACCAUGGCGAGCUCCUCUGAAAAAACUUUUUUAUUUUAAAGAGUGAAACAUAUAGAAGAUAAAGACAAAAAACACGCUCACACACUCUGAGACACGGCUUUUCCCGCUUGAGUUCAUGCAUGACAGAAGAUUGUGCUGCUUUGGGGUUUUUUUGUUUUGUUUUGUUUUGUUUAUUUCUUGCACAAGCAAUCCGCAGGGUUUGACUUUAUUUUCCUGGGUCCUGUAGGGAAUUAUGUGUGUAUAGUCCAUCUGGAAACUUACUGGUGGGACUGGGGAGCUGGAGCCUGUGACCAGACAACUGCCCUGGGAGGGGAGGUGGAUGGGGGGGUGAAGAUUUCAAAUUCACUCGUAGAGAUCGCUGCGGUCUGGAAUCUGGUAGGGAAGAAACUGUCGGAUGUUUUAGGGUGUCCUGGUCCUGGUGGCAAAAUUCAGUGCGAAAUUCACCGAUCUUGAGGAGCAGUUGAAGAUCUUUGAAAUUUGUUUAGCAUACUCCCUGAAACGCAUUCGACGUUAGGCUAGGUCUACAGUAUAUAUAAACUUCCAACUAUGCACAUAAAGACACUAGUGUACAGCACCGUGUGUACAGGUGAGUUUAUCUUGACAUGUAUCUUUUGAAUCAUGCUAAUCAUUUUUAUUUCUUUUCAUUCAUUCAUAUAAUAUUAAAAAGGGUCUACUGAUUUACCCCAAUAGGGUUUUAGAUGCAUGUCUUCAUUUCUGAGUGCACUUAACUGAAACAAGACAAUCCCUGGGUGUAGCCUACUGUGCAGAUAAGAUCUUCAGUUUGGGUGAAACUCGCCUAUAACUGUUUAAUGUUACAUAGCCUACAUAGCCUACUGUCUUAUCAAGUUUUGUUUGUCCACUAGGCAAGAGCCAAUAAUAGCCAUUUUAAGGAAAGGAUUCAAAUCCAAGUUUGUUCACACACCUGCUUGUUGAAAUUGCAACAUUACGGUUAGGGGUCUUCGGUUAAUGUUUGUUCUUCCUCAAGAAGAGAUGUUGUGCCAUGGUUAUCAAAGUUAUAGUUUUUUUUUUGUUGCGAAUUUUCAAACCACUGGCUAUGUUUUUUGAGAAUAUAUUUGUUGAGACAAAUAUCUUUAAUAGAAAUAAUAGACAUCCCAGGUAUAAUAUAAAAUAACAAGCAUGCCCCUGCUGGGAUUCCAUAAAGGGUUUAGAAGGGCUAAAUAUUGCAAGUCUUUUAGAACUUGAAAAGGUAAAUGUGUGUAUGUGGUAUUAUUUAAUGGAUUACAGCAAACAUGGAGGAAUGCCAUAAAGGACCUAAUGUUUACCAUUUAUUAUAUGGAAUGCCAAGCAAAAAAAAAAAUGUUGAAUAUGAAUAUGGAAUAUGAAUAAAUGUUAAGGGAGUGGGUCUGUGUAUGUAUCAAUUAGCCUACAGGAAUGACAUGUUACUUGCUUGUCCAUGACUGUCAGAGCUUUUCUAUGCAAUGGUUUUAGAUAUUAUGGUAUAUUCUCAGAGAAUCUCACAAAAUGAAAGUAGCCAUUUCAAAUGAAGGCUAGGCUAUCAUGUAACAAUUCCACUAAAAGUUGCUUUCUCAGGCCCUGUACACACUUGUGGUUUUAGUUUUUAAAUGUGUCUGAAAUGUUUUAGGCUUCGUACACACUAGCAGUUGUCAUUUCAAAACAUUGAGAGGUUUUGCUACCUUCAUCUGACUACACAUUACUCAAAUACAUUUGGUUUUCAAAACCGAAUACACUCCAUAUUUCCUUGAUGGUGGAUUCGAUCUUUUUGCGUUAGCUAUAUAACGUUUACAGCUGACAAAAAUGAAAUUAGCAACAUGGAUAAAUUUAUCGCUUUCCAAUUGUGAUGCCCUCAGUCCAAAUUGAACUACGAUUGGCAGCCAUAAUAUUGAAAUAAGAUAUGAUUAUUACAUUCAAAUAAAAUAUUAAACUGUCAAAAUGUGAAGUAAUGACAGUUAUUUAUGAUGCAAAGGAAAUAAUUCCACAGGUAGGCCUAGGUUUUGACAACCGAUCCUGUAAGCUACAUGGCUAAAAUCAGUCUAGGGUUUUCAAAGUAUUUCCAGUCCUUGCUCUGAGGCCCAAGUGGUUUUCAAUGAAAAUGUUUUCACAACACCUGAUAGUAUGAAUUUGGCAGUUUCAAUAUUCUGAAACGGGUUUCGAAAGGGGUUUUAGCCGAAUGUGUGUGUGCUAGGCCUAAAUUAACUACACUCCCAGUUAACUGUCAAGAACUCUAAAGGCCAUAGUACUGUCACGUGGGAAAAGUGCUUUACCAGAAAGUGCCUUAUUUCAUUUUGUAAAACAUUUUUAAUAUAUUUAAUCAUUGUUUUGUUGUGCCUCUGGGUCUUUUGCUCUCAAUCUUAGUCACAAAACAAAAGUGUUGUAUAAAAAGACUUCAAGAAUAAAAGGAACAUAGUUUU